AUGCUCCUGUACCAGGACAAGGCUACUAGAGAAGCACCAGCUGCUCAAUCCGGUUAUUCUGGCGGUUCACUCUAUGCAACGCAACCACGACCUAGUCCUCCUAGCAGCACCCGCCUUUCACCUCUUCCUCCAGAGCCAGCUGACUUCUACAAUGACUUUGCCUCCCCACACACAAACAAGGACAUCAAGACAAUGGAGAAGGAGCUUUUGGCCAAGGAGGUUGAGUUAAGCAGGCGAGAGAAGGAACUUAGAAGAAGGGAAGAAGCUGCAGCACGAGCUGGCGUUGUCAUAGAAGAGAAAAACUGGCCUUCAUUUUUUCCCAUCAUUCAUCAUGAUAUCAACAAUGAGAUACCCGUGCAUCUUCAAAGAACACAAUAUGUUGCCUUUGCAUCACUUUUGGGUCCCAAGAUAUGGUUUCUUGCGGUCAUCUACUUUAUUCUUGGUUGCCCAGGUGCCUACUAUCUGUGGUACCGACCACUUUACCGCGCCAUGAGGAAUGAUAGUGCUUUGAAAUUUGGAUGGUUUUUCCUGUUCUAUUUGGUUCAUAUUGCUUUCUGUGUGUACGCAACUAUUUCUCCUUAA